GCUUUUUUCGCCCCUCUGCAUGCUCACGUGAUACGGCUCGCGCAAAUCCUCUGCAGGUAUCUUACAUGUUCUGUGAGGAUCUCAAACUACCAGCAGCAAUCCAAUUGUGAUAUUCCAAGUGCUACCUCGUCAGUCCGUUGUUCUCUUUACAUUCGCUUGCUUGCGAAGAGACCAAACCAAACCUGCUCGCAGAACAUAGACAGGGGGCGUGCACAUUAGCCUGCCCACAUGGAUGGUAGCGGCCUGACGCAGCAGCGUCGCGUCAACGCAGAUCCGAUUUCUGGAGUUCCAGACGGUAACCAAGUCGUUAGCGUAGCAAACGGCGUGUGAUUGUUCUGACAUCGUGAAAGACGACUAGCCAUAAACUCACGCAAAGCCCGUGUGUAAAGUCGGCAGCCGUCUACCGUGAGGGGCAGCUUGCCAUGAAUGCUCCACCACGAGGCAAGUAAACUUUGUAAAAUUUGCGUCCGGCCGUACAUCGGUCGGAAUAGGGGAAUCGCAAAGCGACGUCUCUGGUGCAAACGAUUUACUCAUGAAACAAGAGUGUGGCGAAUCGGGCACAAGCAAACCGACUGUGCCUCCACUCGCACUUGAAGCUUGCAAACCUACCUCAUUGCGGCACAACCACCAUCCACGGACCCUCCCAACUCGAAAGCCGCAGGUAAAACACCAAAACAGGACGUCUGUUCUGAGGACAAUAAACGUCACGGAAUCUCGCAGGAUUCGAAUAAGGCCCGCAACCCCUGUGUACCCUAUCUGAGAUCUCACGGGGGCGGAAAUCGUGCUUCUCUCGUGCGAGCACAGCGCCGCGCCGCUCAAGAUUUCCAGAAGGAGCAUCCAAACGCCCAAAGUGGAUAUCCGGAUAUGAUCUCUCUCUCGACGAACAGAUGAGAUGUCAAACCCCCCCAAAACCCACCAAAUCC